AGUUGCUCAAGCGGAGGGUCUGCCCCUCGCGGCUGUGCAUGGAAAGCCUGUGAGGCCUUUAGGCAGACGGGACGUGUGCAAUGCCUCGGAGCGCUUCGCGGAGCAGGUCGCGGCGAAAAAGGAGCAGGUCCAGGAGGAAGGACCGCAGCCGAUCCAAGACCCGGAGAUCGAGGUCUCGUAGGGAGAGACGGCCGCGGUCGUCAGAGAGCGCAUCAGCCCCACGCAAGGCACGGUCGCCUUCACCCAAGCGGCGAACCGCACCGUCCAGAUCGAAGUCUCGUAGAGCUGCUCGCAAGCAGAGGUCCAAGACUCCAGAGCGAGUCCCACCUACGAGUUUCGCAGAUUAUGAGCCUGCUCCUGAUGGAAGCGGUUGGUAUGUGUACAAGAAGACCAGCAAGUGGAAAUUCCACCCUGAAACGGGCCUCUACCUGCACAUCAAAAGCGGCGUGUACUACAUCCAGAAGGAAGGGGAUCCAAAGAACUUCCGGAAGAUCGAUGAUGACGACGACCCAAUCGUCAGGAAGAUGAAGCAGUCUGAGGAGAUGCGAAAAGCCAUUCAGUCGACAGAAUUUGUUCAGUUUGGCGAGGGGGCCGCAGCAGCAGCUGCAGCUAGGGCAAUCGCAGACGACGGAAGUCUUGCCCCCCCUGUGGCUAUAGCUCCAGCACCCAGACCACCUGAGAAGGAGAAACCGGCAGAGCCGGAGAGCGAGAAGAAGGUGGAAGGUAAAGUCCGAGAGUGGAAUUCCGAGAAAGGCUUUGGCUUCAUUAUUCCUUUGGUGAAAGAAGAUGAGGAAACUCCCAAGAGCAUCUUCGUGCACCUCUGGAACGUGGUCGGGAGCACCAACAAGAAUCCGAUCAAUCUCCGGGAAGGGGCUCGAGUGCUUUACAAGCUUGGCGAGCAGGAUGGGAAGCCUCGCGCCCAGGAGGUUGUCAUGUUGGGCAAAGACAACAAGCCCUUGCCGGUGCACGCUGGGGCGCAGAAUUUGGAGGAGAAGCGGAAAAGCUACUUCGUCACUGCAGAUACGCUUGGGGUCCGGGUGCAUGCGGAAAGCUGGCCGGGCAAGCAGAUUGAGCUGCAGGACAGGUUCACCCAAGAUGAGGCUAUGGAUGAGCUCGGGGUGUACUUUGCCGUGUUCGACGGUCAUGGUGGAGCACAAGUGUCCGAGCUGGCCGCAAAGAAUUUGCACAGAAACAUCUUGGCCUUUUUCCGGCAGAAGGCGGUUCAACCCGCGUCCAGGGAUGAGAAGCUGAAGAUGGCGGUCCGAGAAGCUUUUGCUCACACGGACAAGGAGAUCCUGGGCUUGGCCGAGCGGAAGAAGUUUGAAUCUGCCGGAGCAACCGCGGUUUGUGCGAUGCUGCAUGGAAACCCCAAGCUUGGAACUGCAUUACGAUUGGUGUUGGCUCACGUUGGAGACUCCCGCGCCAUCCUUUGCAGAGCUGGGCAGGCUGUGCAGGUGACAGAGGAUCACAAGCCAGACCGGAUAGAUGAAAAGAAGCGCAUUGAGCGGGCAGGAGGCUUGGUUUUGAACGUGCGGGGCGCCUGGCGAAUCGCGGCUCCCGCAAACCCGCGGGGCUCAACAAAGUCCUCGCGACGAGAGUAUCAAGGCCUUUCGAUCACACGGUCCUUGGGAGAUGCCUGCUUCAAGAAUCCUGCCCUGUCAGCAGCAGAUCCGGAGGUCCGAGUCCUACCAAUCACCGACAAGGAUUUGUUCAUCGUCUUGGUGACAGAGGGCGUGACCCGUGUGCUCUCAAACCAGGACGUGGUAGACUGUGCCAGCAAGCAUUGGGAUGACUCCGAAGAGGCAGCCAAGAACGUGGUGCGGACAGCCUUCCAGAAGGGGAGCGACGAGAAUCUCACAGCUCUAGUGGUGCAAUUCGGCUGGGCGGACAAGCACACGCCCCGCUACAUAGAAAGGAGACGGGCACUUGUGGCGCAGGGCGUGGAAGGUGGCAGUCCAGUAAUGAAGCCGUCUGCUGCACCGACCAAAGACCUCAAGGACAUUUACGCCGACAAGGCAGUGGAGAAAGAUGAUUUUGACAUGUUUGGCUGAGGAUCUUCAUGGAGAAUGAGCCAGUGAGUGAGGGCUGCCAGCAACCGCAAUCCAUGCCACGCAGCAAACACCAAGCAAUAGGCGUAGAUCAGCCA